UAUAUUGAACAUUAAUUUAGACUACUCAAGACCCCAAACACUCUAACCUUCUCACUGUAUAGAAGAAAACAUACCAUUAAAAUGAUUUUAAAUGUACUAUAACAAAUGCCGUGGGACCAUUAAUGGACAGUUAUAGUUAGUGAUGCUGGAAAAUCAUUCCUUUUCCGCACAAGACAGGGCAUGUAAGGUUGGGGAUGUGGCUGACUGUCACUCAUCCUAACUCCCGCCUCCUCCCACCCCCUGUAAAGUAUAAAAGGCUCCCAGGUUUGCCUUUUAGACUCAGAGGAUUGGUAGUGUCACAGCUGCAUCCUUCUCUAACAUACACACACACACACACACACAUACACCUACACCUACACACACACACACACACACACACACACACACACACACACUGGACAUUAUUUGGGAAAUCCUAUUUUUCUGAACCAACCAAUCAGUGUUGAGAAGUCAGGAGUAGAGUUCUUGAUUCUUACUCAAGAACAAAACUUCUCAGGUAUGUAUCCUUGCAAUGCUACUCAGACAUAAUUAUCAUCAGUUGAAUGUUUUGGCAUUUCCUCAGAGGUCAAGGCUAAAAUAAGUUUGUGUUGGAAAGACAUCCGGCUGUCAGCAGUCUGGUUAUCAUCAUGUGUGAGGCAGCACUUAUUGACCCCCAGCAAAGCAGCACAGCUCCAUGCCUGCUCCAUGCCUCAUUAUAGCACCAAUAACAUCUGCCUGAAUAUAAUAUGUUUGGCAUACAGUGACUAAUGCAGAUUAGGGAUGGAUGCUGAUUAGACUUGCUGUCUGGGGUAUUUUAAGGAACUGUUCAAUUUCUACAGAGAUAUAUUUAGUGGCUCAUAAACUAACACAAUGACCUGAACUCUUUCUACAGGGUGAAAUCAAAAUGAAGACAGUCUCUCAGAGUAUUUUGUUUUGGUGUUUGCUGGCUGCUUUUGUGCCCUGUGUUAUAAGUGCAACACUUCCUCCCAAUUCUGAUGGAGAAAAGAAACUGAAUGCAGAGCUUCAAAAGAAGGAUCCCUGUAUGCAUAAUAGUAGUUUAGAAGAUUCAGUUGAGAACAGGGAUACAGGGCCACCUAUAUCACAGAACAGUGAUCAGCCAAGUGGUAGGAUGAAACGGGGCUGUAACCUGCUCACCUGCUCAAUACAUGAUCUAGCCUACCGCAUCAGCCAUCUCAGUAAUAAGACGAAUAACGCCCCCCCACGCAAGAUCAGUCCCUGUGGCUAUGGACGGCGACGGAGGCGUUCCCUCCUCCGACGCUCCACCGCUCCAGCCCACAGGGAGGGCCAUCUGAAUCUCUCCAUGCUGCAAGCCCAGAGACAUGACUCGCCUCAAAAACUGAUUUAAGCAUCAAUCUGCGGUUUGUCCUGAGCCUUUUUCUUAUUUUGGCUCAGUUUGCUGAAAUACUACUGACAACUCCUUUGUAGGCACAAAAAUGAGGAACUACCAUGUUCAAGCAGCUGGAACAUCUUUCUCCAUCCUUCACCAGAGAGACAGGACUAAAGAUAAGGAUUCAAGUCAUCUGGAAACAAUGAGUGUUUGUGUAAAAUGGGUCAGGCAGUUCUGUUUUGUAAGAAAGAGAAGCAGGAGUUCAAGUGAGAUAACAAGGGUUUGGGCUUAUGGCAGCAAUAUGAAAAGAUACUUGAGCAGUUGUGUGUGCAUUAUUUUGGGAUAUUUCUCGAUCUUACGGAGCUCUGGGAUCUGACAAGGCUCUCUGUCUCUCCCCAACGCAGGACAUGCCACUUCUUCAAACCGCUGGAGAAGCAAUGGGGUUAUCCAGGAAACUACCAACACCACUGUUUUUCUAGCUAGGGGAAAGAGGACAGAAAACUCAUAUACCAGCUAAAAGACUUUCACCAAUAUGCCUCCAUGAGGGAGAUUGACUGAAAGAAGAGGUCUUUGUGAAACCUGGAUGUGAAAGUCUUGGACACUAAUAUCUGCUCACCUACUUACAUACUUGAAGCUGGAUGUGUGUAUAGUGGGGGAAUGUGCAAUAAUUGUAGCAGUAUGUAUUCCAUCAAUAAUGGCAAAAAAAAAUAAUGUAUGUUAUAAAUUCAUAUUUUUAUACAUUCAAUAAUAAUAUACUUGUAAUCUCAGAGAUUAACUAUUUUUUAUACAUGAACUAAUAUGGGCUUUGUAUAUUGAAAUUAAAUAUUUAACCAUUACUUUUAUACUGAUCUAAUGAUAAACUUAUAUUUAUGUCAAAUCAUUGUCAUUGUCAAGUGAAAACCAGAUGGUAUAAGCAACUAUUAAACACUUGUGAGAAAAAAAGAAUGAAAGAGUUUUAUUUCUAGCUUUUUUUUUUCCAACAAUAAGGCUCAGAAUUAUGAUCAUCCAUAUUUCAUCCAUAAGUUCUAAAAUACUCCUUCUAUAUGCACAUGAAUAACUGAUAAAUGAAUCAGUGUAACAUUUACAAGAUGUAACAAAAGCAAUACACUACAAAUUAUAGCAUGCAAAACAUGUAUAGUGCAGGCAAGACAACACAGUAAACAGUAUUGCAUGCUGCUGAACUACUAUCCUCCAGUGACAAUUUAGAAUGAUGAUGUGUCACAAAACAUGAUCAUAAGAUGAUUUUAUUAAGACCAGUAAUAACCAUGUCUGUUUUUGCCAUUAAUAAUAUAUACUACUUGCAAAAACAUUUCCAAUUCCUGAUUAUCAGUACUCUGAGACUAUGAUACCAUUAACAGUAUUCAAUUAGGAGAUUUAUUUGUGUGUUACAGAUGAUGCAUUGUCCUAUAUAUAGUGCGUAUGAAACCAGAAUACUUACAGAGCCAUAAUAUACCCCAACCUAACACACCAUAAUUUAAUAAG